CUUGAGCUCGAGGCUGCGAACUCAAAACAAAAACCGUUAUUCUCAUCAAAAUUGACAUUCACCUGCAUUUAAAUUCAGAAACAAAAUCAAUCAGAAAACGUUAUUUUCAUUAGAUCUUCUUCCACCAGAUAGAUUCAUCAAUCAAUACCCUAAAACUCCAGCUUUCCAUUGUCAAACUUCAGAAAAAACCCGAACUCUCAUUGCGUUCAAUGUUUUAAUCUUCAAUAUUUUUGGGGUUUUAGGGUUUUCUUUGUUAAACCUUUAAACCCUUUGCUCACAUUUGGAUUUUGAUUUUAAACCCUUACUCACAUUUGGGGGUUUAGUGUUUUGAAGUGGAGAUUUAGAGUUGGCACAUUAACUAUUUGAUUAAAUUCACAAACGAAGAAGAUGAUUGUGAUGUAGUCAGAUGAAAUGGGUAGCUUCGAAAAGACUGGAUUUAUGCAAUAUUAUGGUGGUAAGGUUUUCAAAACUCUCAUCACUCUAUUGUUUCUUUUCUUCAAACACUUGUACAUUCAAACCUAAGCUCAGAUUUUUCACUAGUAGGAAAAAUUCGAAUAAUCGUAAUAUGAAAUCUUCAAAUUUUAGCUCAGUGUGUAGUCAGAAUGGGGUUUCGAAAAAAACUCAGGUAGCAAAUCAGUUGGAAACAAGAAAAAGAUCGUCGGGUUCAUUCGAAUGUGCUUUGAGAAUGCGCAAGUUACUUAAUCAGUAUGAGCAUUGGUCUUAUUUGGUAGAGAUUGAAUUGCAUAAUAUGGAUGUGAAGUUGAAUACGUACAUUGUUAAUCAGGUUUUGACAAGUUUAUCUGAUUCUGAAAUGGGAUUUGGUUUUUAUACCUGGGCUGAAUCCCAAAUUGGUUAUGAGCAUGACUACUUUACGAACAGGACGAUGGCUUCUUUGUUGCUUAAAGACUCCAAGUUUGAUAUGUUAGCACAGUUUUUGCAGAGAAGAAGAGAUAAAGUGUUUUCAGUUCGUAGAAACAUGUACCGGGGUCUUAUAUCAGCUUACGUUAAAGCUGGUAUAAUCGAUCAAGCAAUCAAUGUUUUUGAAGAGAUGAUUGACUCUGAUUGCCGGGUUUUUAGUGUAGAUUACAAUAGAUUUAUUGGAGUUUUAGUUAAGGAUUUAAGAUUUGAUUUAGCAGAGCAUUACUACAGUUACAUGUUGAAACUAGGAUUUACACUGACUUCCUUUACGUAUUCAAGAUUCAUAUCUUUUCUCUGUAAGGUGAAGAAUUUCAGUUUCAUUGAGAGACUUUUAGAAGACAUGGAUAGAUAUGGGGCUAUACCUGACAUGUGGAGUUACAAUAUAUAUGUAAACCUCUUGUGCAAGGAGAACGAAUUAGACAAAGCUCUGGAAGUAAUGCAGACAAUGUUACAGAAGGGAAGUGACCCUGAUGUUGUCACUUACACGACAGUGCUAAAAGGGUUGUGUAGUGAUGGGCGCUAUGAAUUGGCAGUUAAGCUUUGGCGUGAAAUGAUUGGUAGAGGAUUGCUUCCGGAUGGGAUAACAUGUGGGGUGCUGGUUUUUGGUUUGUGUAAACGUGGAGAGGUUGAUUUGGCUUAUGAUCUUACUGUAGACUCAAUGAAGGGAAAAACCCCAUUGAGUGUUUCAGUGUAUAACGCCCUUAUUCAUGGAUAUUGUCAGAAAGGUGAGGUUAAAAAAGCACAAGCAAUUGAGGAAUUCAUGAGGAAGAACGGGUGUGCGCCGGAUAUGGUUACUUACAACAUAGAAUUGAAUUACUGCUGUAAUAACGGAAUGUUAGAAGAGGCGGCGAAAUUGCUAAAGAAGAUGGAAAGAAGUCAGACGAAACCCGAUACAUACAGCUACAACCAAUUCCUGAAGGCUCUGUGCAAAGCUAACCGUAUGGACAGUGCAUAUAGUUUGUUGGUGAAAACGAUGGAGAAGAGAGGUUUAUGUGAUACAGUAUCUUACAAUACUAUGAUUAGGGCGUAUUGUUGGGCCCGCGAAACCCAAAAGGCAUACAGGAUGUUCGAAGAGAUGAGUGGAAAAGGGUUUGAACCAGAUGUUGUAACAUUUACGAUUCUCAUAAAUGCCUUCUUCAAAAAGGGCCGUGCUGAUUUAGCAGAGGAUCUUCUUGAUCGAAUGUCACAAAAGGGACUAUUUCCUGAUCGAGUUUUGUAUACUACAAUGGUUGAUCACCUGUGCAAGAGCGGGAGAGUUGAUCAAGCUCAAAACUUUUUCUGCGACAUGGAAAGACUUCGAAUCACUCCGGAUGUAAUUUGUUACAAUGCCCUUAUAAAUGGGCUCUUCAAAGCAUUUAGGGUUGCUGAAGGCAUGCAAUUUUACGAAGAUAUGCAACGUAAUGGGUGCCAUCCUGACGAAGUGACCUAUAAAUUGAUAAUUGGAGGGCUCAUAAGGGAAAAGAAGCUUACAAUAGCUUGUAAAGUGUGGGACCAGAUGAUGGAGAACGGAUUUACUCUUGAUGCUGCACUUUCCAAGACCCUAACCAACGCCAUCCAGUCAAAGGAUGCUUCAGUCAUGAAUAUGUCGACAGGUACAAAUAUAUUGUAACUAUGAGCUGAUUGCGUCUUUUAAUGCGCUGUUCAAAAGCAUGUACGGAAGUCGGAGACUCUAACAACCAGAUCAAACCAUCUGGAGGUGUGAGUGAAGCCAGUCUUCAUUUGGGGCCUUUGCACGCUUGCAGCUCUUCGUUGCAAGGCAGAAGAUAAACAAGGACAUCCAGGUGUAUGUAUGCAAUUUUCGAAUAGGGAACCAAAGAUCAUCUAUAUUGCCAUGCUCCGCUUCCCCGCAUGAAUAAUCUGUAUACAUACCAUUCUUUCUAGUGUUAUCUUCUCUUGUGAUGAUUAUUUCCAUACAUCCAUGUAUUGUUACCGUUUAGAUCAGUAUUGUAAACCUAGUCUAUUCAUACAGAUUGGGCUCUGUGAAAAUGUACAACUACUGACUUUCAAAUUUCAAUAGAGGCCUUCCAUUUUGAAGGAACUUUU